ACGUCAUAUUUGUGCGACGCUGCCCAGUCGGAACACAUGUACAAUGCGUGAGGGAGAAUGUGCUCAGAUGCAGUAGUAAUAUUGUAAAUAAAUAAGUAUAUAUAUUUUAUAUAUAUGUAUAUAUAAAUACGCUUCUUCCUAAAAGUUUAGAAGAAGUGCGGCCAUGGCAGCCAACACUCUGCGGUUUAAAACAAACUAUGCUGUGUCCAGCAAAAUCGAGCCGUUCUACAAGGGAGGGAAAGUACAGAUAAGCCAUGAUGAAAAGCACAUCUUUUGCACCUCUGGGCCACGAGUCAACAUUUUGCAGAUUUCCACUGGCAAAAUUGUUCACAGUAUUGAACAGGAUGAUCAGGAGGACAUCACUUCGUUCUCUCUCAGCCCUGAUGAUGAGAUACUGGUGACCGCCAGCAGGGCCCUGUUGCUGAAGCAGUGGGACUGGAAGCAAGAGAAGUGCACUCGCUCGUGGAGGGCGAUUCACAAUGUGCCUGUGGCCAGCAUGACAUUCGACUGCACCUCUACUCUGUUGGCAACUGGGGGUUGUGAUGGCACUAUAAAGGUGUGGGAUGUAAUCAAACAGUACUGCACACACAACCUGAAAGGCUCUUCCGGAGUUGUUCAUUUAGUGCAGUUUCAUCCAGACAUCAGCCUACUGCAGCUCUUCUCUUCCUCUAUGGAGUGUGGAAUCUGCAUUUGGGAUUUGCGCAAAAGCAAGUGCAUCUGCGUUCUGGAGAGCCACUUCAGCACGGUCACGUCGCUGGCCUUUUCUCCCGAUGGACACACUCUGAUCAGCUCUGGGCGAGACAAAAUCUGCACAGUCUGGGACCUGAAAGAGAGGAAAGUUAAGAGAACGGUUCCUGUGUAUGAGGCUGUAGAGGGAGUAGUCAUUCUCCCUCAAAAUGAGGAUUAUUCUGAGCUUGGGGUGAAAAGUAAAGAGCUCCACUUUGUCACCGCUGGCAGUAAAGGUGUGCUGAAGGUGUGGGAGUCGAGCUCGGCUCAGUGUGUGUUCACACAGACGCUACCAGACGCUGCGCUGUCCCAGUCAGUGCAAGAAGACGGGGAUCCUCUUAGCUUGCUGUACUGCCUGUUCCUGCCUCUCUGCAACCGCCUGGCUACAGUCACCGCCGAGCACAACAUCCUGUUCUACCAGCUGCCCGCUCUCACUGUACAGCACCAGUUUGUGGGCUAUAACGAUGACAUCCUGGAUGUGAGGUUUCUGGGAAAAAAGGACAGUCACAUAGUAGUGGCCACAAACAGUUCGCAGCUCAAGGUGUUCGAGCUGGCCACCAACAGCUGCCAAAUACUCUACGGGCACACAGACACUGUCCUGUCACUGGAUGUGUUCAGAAAACAUUGCAUGUUUGCAAGCUGUGGCAAGGAUAAUUCUGUGCGUGUUUGGAAGAUGGACCCUGUGACUGGUCAUGUACAGUGUGUGGCUCAGGGUCAUGGCCACUCCAACGCUGUGGGCUCCAUUUCCUGCUCCAGGUUAAAGAAGGCCUUCCUGGUGUCUGGAAGUCAGGACUGCACUAUUAAAAUAUGGGACCUGCCUGAUAUUGUUCUUGGUCUGGGCGGCGAGCCAGCCCAGCUUACUGCUCGGAUCACUGAGAAAGUCCACGAUAAAGAUGUAAACAGCGUGGCUGUCUCACCCAAUGAUAAGUUGUUAGCUUCAGGUUCUCAGGACCGCACGGCCAAGCUGUGGUCUCUGACUGACAUGAGCCUGCUCGGGGUGUUCCGAGGUCAUUGCCGAGGCGUCUGGUGUGUGCAGUUUUCCCCUGUAGACCAAGUGCUGGCCAGUGCCUCAGCUGAUGGUACAAUCAAGCUCUGGGGCCUUCAUGACUUUAGUUGCCUCAAGACGUUUGAAGGACACGAUGCCUCUGUGCUGAAGAUAAUAUUUGUCAGCCGAGGCGCUCAGAUAGUUUCUGGCGGUUCUGAUGGCCUUCUGAAGCUCUGGACCAUCAAGACCAAUGAGUGUGUGAAGACCUUUGAUGCUCACCAGGACAAAGUGUGGGCUCUGCACAGGAACAGCAGCGAUGACCUGAUGGUGACCGGCUCUGCUGACUCCAACAUCACAGUGUGGAAGGAUGUCACUGAGGAAGAGCGAGCAGAGGAACAGGCAAAGCAAGAGGAUCAGAUUCUGAAGCAGCAGGAGUUGUCCAAUCUGCUUCAUGAGAAGAACUUUUUGAAGGCUCUGGGUAUAGCCAUCUCGCUAGAUCAACCUCACACUGUGCUUCGAGUCAUCAAAGAAAUCCAGCAAGAGGAGGAGGCUGGACAACAUCUGGAGAAAAUCAUCCUUAGGCUACGGCAAGACCAGAAGGAGUCUCUGCUGCGAUACUGUGUGGUGUGGAACACGAAUGCACGGAGCUGUCUGAGCGCCCAGGCAGUGUUACAGGUGCUGCUGACUCACCUGAGCCCGGAAGAGCUGCUGCAGUUCCAGGGAGCGCGCACUCAUCUCGAGGGCCUCAUCCCUUAUACUGAGAGACACAUGCAGAGGAUCAGCCGUCUGCUCCAGGCCUCCAUGUUCUUGGAUUACAUGUGGCAGAAGAUGCGAGUGACGGGAAACAAAGACAGCUCCAGCGGGGAACUGCAGGGAGAAGAGAUGGACACCAGUCCUCAGGAUAUAUUCAUACUCGACAGGCAGCCAGGGAAGGAGGAGCCGGGUAGACAGCAGAAGAAUACAGAUGAUGGCGAUGACCAGGAGGAAGCAGACUGCAGUGAAGAAAACUCCGAGAACAGUGAUAAUGACAGCGUCAGCGCCUUGAAAGGUGUCGGCUCCAAAAAAAGGGGGGUGAAUGGAGCCAACAACAGGGGUCAUGUAUCCAGUGAUGAGAGCUCAGAUGAUGAUGAUGUGGACAUUUCCGCAGUUGCUCCCACCAAGGUCGCAGUGGCCACUUCUAUAUUCUGAUCAACACACGCUGAUCACUGCCGUAUACAAAUGUCACAGUACUGAACACCGUAGCUGUGUGGAAUGAGGGCAAGCAGGAUUCGACUGUCUUUCGACAGCCAGUAUUAUGCUGCGUGUUAUCUAUUUGUAUGUACUACUCUAAAAGACAUACUUUUCAUUUUUACAUGUUCCAAAAAAGACAAAAAUAUCUUGUGCUCUUUGUUGUCAUAGUAAUUGAGGAUUUUAAAUAAAUUCAUUGGUUUAAGAA